GUCUUGUAAAGCCAUUGGUCCUGGUCAUCCGCCUCUACCCAAUGCUUUCGUGAUGCUGCCGCUGAUCUAUUUGGGAAGUUGGCUGGCUGGCGAGGCACAGCCUCAGCUCAAAGCCUGGCUCCCACGGAGAAUAUGCUCAGUGCCGCCGCGUGCAUGAAUGAAAACGCCGCCGUGUGCUUCUAGUCGGGCAAAAUGCAGCCGAGAAGUCUGCUCGUCCUGUGCAUUCUGCUGUCCCAGACUCGUUGGAAGGCACCUCGGCCGGGGCCGGCUGAGCGCUGCAGCCCGGCUGCUGCUGUCGCUCAAAGGCUCCCGGGGCUGCCGCGCCCGCGUGUUGUUGAUAACAUCUGCAGAAGAUUUGGACUGUGCUCCUGGAUUUAAGCAGAAGGUCUUCCGUAUUAAUCAGCCAGUGGAGUUCAUCAAGGACCAGUCGGUUCUCAACUUGACCUUCAGUGACUGUAAGGGAAAUGAGAAGCUCCACUAUGAGGUCUCAAGCCCAUACUUCAAGGUGAACAGCGACGGUGGCUUAGUGGCCCUGAGGAACAUAACUGCAGUGGGCAGGACUCUCUUCGUCCACGCGCGGACUCCCUAUGCUGAAGACAUGGCAGAACUAGUGAUCGUUGGGGGGAAGGACAUCCAGGCCUCCUUGCAGGAUAUAUUUAAAUAUGCAAGAACUUCUCCUGUCCCAAGACAAAAGAGAUCGAUUGUAGUAUCUCCCAUCCUGAUUCCAGAGAAUCAGAGGCAGCCAUUCCCGAGAGACGUCGGCAAGGUGGUCGACAGUGACAGACCAGAAGGGUCCAAGUUCCGGCUCACUGGAAAGGGAGUGGAUCAGGAGCCUAAAGGGAUUUUCAGAAUCAAUGAGAACACGGGUAGCGUCUCCGUGACACGGACCUUGGACAGAGAAGCCAUCGCUACUUACCAACUCUCUGUGGAGACCACUGACAUCAGUGGGAAAACUCUGGAGGGGCCGGUGCCUUUGGAAGUCAUCGUGAUUGAUCAGAAUGACAACAGACCCAUCUUCCGGGAAGGCCCCUACGUCGGCCACGUGAUGGAAGGGUCACCCACAGGGACCACAGUGAUGCGAAUGACAGCCUUCGACGCAGACGACCCAGCCACCGACAACGCCCUGCUGCGAUACCACAUCCGCCAGCAGACGCCUGACAAGCCAUCCCCCAACAUGUUCUACAUCGACCCCGAGAAGGGAGACAUUGUCACCGUGGUGUCGCCUGCACUGCUGGACCGAGAGACUCUGGAAAACCCCAAGUACGAGUUGAUCAUCGAGGCUCAGGACAUGGCUGGACUGGACGUCGGCUUAACAGGGACUGCCACAGCCACAGUCAUGAUCGAUGACAAAAAUGAUCAUUCGCCAAAGUUCACCAAGAAAGAGUUUCAAGCCACGGUGGAGGAAGGAGCUGUGGGGGUUAUUGUCAACCUGACCGUUGAAGACAAGGAUGACCCAGCUACGGGCGCAUGGAGAGCCGCCUACACCAUCAUCAACGGAAACCCGGGCCAGAGCUUUGAGGUCCACACCAACCCCCAGACCAACGAGGGGAUGCUUUCCGUCGUCAAGCCCCUGGACUAUGAGAUCUCCGCCUUCCACACCCUGUUAAUCAAGGUGGAAAACGAGGACCCACUUGUGCCCGACGUGUCCUAUGGCCCCAGUUCCACGGCCACUGUCCACAUCACCGUGCUGGAUGUCAACGAGGGCCCAGUCUUCUUCCCAGACCCCAUGACGGUGACCAGGCGGGAGGACAUUUCCGUGGGCAGUGUGCUGCUGACGGUCAAUGCCACAGACCCCGACUCCCUCCAGCACCAAACCAUCAGGUAUUCUGUUUACAAGGACCCAGCAGGCUGGCUGAACAUCAACCCCAGCAACGGCACCGUUGACACCACAGCUGUGCUGGACCGUGAAUCGCCAUUCGUCCACAACAGCGUGUACACUGCCCUCUUCCUAGCUGUCGACAGUGGCAGCCCGCCCGCCACCGGCACCGGCACCUUGCUGGUGACCCUGGAAGACGUGAAUGACAACGCUCCUGUCCUCCACCCCACGGUGGCUGAAGUCUGCGAUGACGCCAAAAAUCUCAGCGUCGUCAUCCUGGGAGCGUCCGACAAGGACCUUCACCCCAACACCGACCCGUUCAAGUUUGAAAUUCACAAGCAGACCGUUCCUGACAAGGUCUGGAAGAUCUCCAAGAUCAACAACACGCACGCCCUGGUGAGCCUGCUGCAAAACCUGAACAAAGCCAACUACAACCUGCCCAUCAUGGUGACAGAUUCGGGGACGCCUCCCAUGACAAACAUCACAGAUCUCAGGGUACAAGUGUGUUCCUGCAAGAAUUCCAAAGUGGACUGCAACUCCACGGGGGCCCUGCGCGCCAGCCUGGCCUUGGCCUUGCUCGUCACGCUCUUCAGUAUAGCCUGUCUGUGAGAGCUGCUGGCGUCCCCCAGAGCGUGACUUCCAGGUUUCCAUAGCAACAGGAGAACAGAAGCAAACCAUCUGUCCAAAUCCGAAGACUGCAGUUGCCCGCUGUGGACCUCCACGCCAGGCCCCGGCCAUCCCCAGGUUCUGUUUAUUUGCGAUUUCACUUAGCCUGUACUUCACCACUCUGGCGGGAUCUUCCUUUCUCUCUUAAUUUGUGGAAUCCUCUGACUUCGCCCUGAGAUGUUCAAAGAUCAGGACGGGGAACGUGACCUGCGGCAGCAGGACCGCUGAGGACUUCCCCUGAUGUGUUGACACGUUGCUGGCCAGUGCUCCCCCACACGGCUUUGCCUGUGGCUUACUAUUUGUAUAUGUCUGAGAGUCUGUAUGUGUAUAUACACGGUAUUUAUAGAGGGUGGGACUGCAAGAAGCCUAGUUUUGAUAAUGCCACUCUUCCGUGAUUAGUUACAGAAAGAGAGGGGAGAUGCUAAGACGACUGAGUCUUCACCCCCGCCAGCCCCCAGCCCCACCAGGGCCUCCUCAAGCAGAGGAGGGGUUUCACCCUCUGAUGGCCAGCACAGGGUGGAGACAGUGUCUCAAGGGCAUCCGUCUGAUCUGGGGGCAUCCCAUGGGGCAGCACGGAUUGCGGGAGACGCUCUGUGGCACCACCGGGCCUGCAGCCAGCCACGGCCCCAUCUGGAGGUCACACAGGAGGCCAGCAGGUACCAUGUUGUUACACAUAUAUACCCACAUGUAUAGACAGCCCGGUGACGCACUUCACACCCUUUCUCUCCUCCACAUGCAUACAAUAGAGUAAAUGCAGGUAGUUGUAAAAGUACCCUUUGUGUGACUCGACUACCGUUGUUUGCAAACCUGAAAAUAAAAGCUGUUUCUUCUGUAUGAGAAGCAACUGGUUUUCAUUCUGUGAGCAUGAGACAGACAGGUAAGAGGAAAGUCGGUGCCCACCCCAAGGUUAGCUUCCUGUUGAGCAAACUACAAAUGCACCAUCAAGCCUCACACCAGGUUUUUCUCCCAAAUGCAACCCACGACAGGCUGUGGCUUCUGUGACAGCUAGCCACCAACAAAGGUUAGGUCAGGGUCAUGGCAGAUUGUCACACAUGCGCACAUGUACACACACACACACCCAUGCACCCACGGGCUUUUUUAUGCAAUCUAUGUUUGCACCUGUACUUUUUGAUUAGCCUUCUAUAGCAAGCA